UGAGUGUGUAGCUGCAGUUGUUUAGGUGCCUCCACUAAUUCAAUCUGGAAAGUCUCUGCUUUCUUGAGAGAAUAUACUGUGCUCAUUGUGAAAUUAAGAUAGAUGUAACUCCCAUGGGGACUAUCAUCUAUAGACCACAGUUUUUUGGAAGCCAAAUUUACAGAUAAGUUAACAUAUUUAAUGUUUUUAUUGUAAUGAAAUAGUCUACAAUAACUUUUGUAGUCUGUGCUGUGGUAUUAUGUGUAUGUAAAAUAAGGCUAUGUUUGGUUCUUAAAUUCUUCGAACUCUGUAUUAUGGUUCUAUGAUUAGCUUUUCUGAAUGCUGUUCUUUCUGAAAUCAGUUAAUUGAAAAAUUCCUAAUUCAGUGUGAGUCUUGUAUGCACAAAAAGGUUGCUACUUUGUCCAGCAAACUAGACAACAUUAUUUGUUGCACAAGGGGUUAAUGUUAAUGGGGAAAUUGCUUUGCCAAAAAGGAAGUGUUGUGUCAUUUUUCUAAGCUGUGCUGCUUCCUUUUCUACUUUUAUACCUAGAAUUUCCAAGUGAAUGAUACUUUUGAAGUAAGGAGGCAGCACUAAAAAGAAGGAUUCCAAUUAGCUAUCAUGUUCAAUAAUGUAUUUUUUAUUUAUUUUUUGUAAUCAUAAGAUGCAAGGAACCAUUAAAGUGUGCUUUGUAUACUCUAAAUAAUGUGUGGAAACAGGAAGGAUUAUUCUGAGGUUGUCUCUAGUUUACUGGGAGGCAGUAUGCUGGAUCCCUGAGACUUCAUUUGGGAGUACUGUUUGUUAGAUCCAACAAAGCUGCCUGGCAGAAAGACCGAUAUGGGCAGCAUUUUCUUGGUGGUGUAAUAACUUUGAUUUUGACUGGAGUUUGCAAUUCAAGGCAAGGCACCACUGGCCGAUGGAAAUUAUUGUUGGAAUACUGAAGUGAAACCAACGUUAAGUGUGCAUAUGUUUUAAAGACUACCGUAAAGCAUUUUCACUCUUGACGUUCUUAAACGUCUUGAGCUUUCUUUAGGGCUUAACACAUUCUGCUGCAACACCAUUGUGGGCCAUGAAGGCACAACGUUUGUUGCUGGCACUGCUGUGCCUAAUGGGAUGUGCAUGCUUCAGCGGAGCCCUGUCAACCUGCAAACCCAUGAACCUCGAGCUGAUGAAGCAAAAGCGCAUUGAGGCCAUCCGAGGACAGAUCCUCAGUAAACUGCGGUUGGAUAAGGAGCCUGAGGAGGUUGGGAAAGGAAAAGGGACUGCGGUGCCAGUGGACGUGCUGUCUGUCUACAAUAGCACAGUGGAGCUGACUGAGGAGCUGAAGAAGAUAAGUGAUGACAUGGUUUCUCCAGAUGCAGAGGAGUCAUACUACGCCAAAGAGGUUCACAAGUUUAUCAUGACCCAGAAGAACCAUACCGACAGUAACCCAGUGAUGUUGUUCAACAUCACUGAAAUGAACAACAUCUUGGGCAAAAAUCAUAUCUCUCAAGCUGAACUCCGUCUGCUCAUCAGGGAAACUACAAUAGCUCCUGGUACAGAUCAAAGGUUAGAGCUGUAUCAGGGUGCUGGGGACAAUGCUCGCUACUUGAAUUCACAUUUCAUCACCAAUGAGUUAAAUGGCAAGUGGAUAUCCUUUGAUGUAACACACACUCUAAAAGACUGGCUGCAGAAACCUGAAAAGGAACUAGCAUUCCAGGUGAAGCCGCACUGUGGUUGUGGGGAGCCUAACAAAGGGUUUCAAUUCAAAAUAUCAGGCCUGCCCACUCCUAGAGGUGAUAUAGCAGCCCUACAGGCCGGGAUGAUAAAGCCACACAUUCUGGUGAUGUCACUUCCACAUCACAGUUUGCAUGGUUCACGAAGGAAACGGCAAGCUGUGACAGAUAAAUUUUGUUCUGAGCAGCCAGAAAAUUGUUGUGUUAGAAAACUUUAUAUAGACUUCCGUAAGGACUUGGGCUGGAAAUGGAUACAUGAACCUUCUGGCUAUUAUGCAAACUACUGUAGUGGCUCUUGCGCCUAUUUCUGGAAUUCAGAAAAUAAGUACUCACAGGUACUGGCCCUGUAUAAACAUCACAAUCCUGGUGCAUCGGCCCAGCCUUGCUGCGUGCCCCUGGUCCUGGAUCCAUUGCCUAUCCUUUACUAUGUCGGGAGGCAACAUAAGGUGGAACAACUGUCAAAUAUGAUUGUGAAAGCCUGCAAAUGUAGCUGAAGAGACUGCAUGGUGUUCAGCUUCUAAGUGCUGAGUUGGGAGGCCCCGACACCAUAGUAAGAAGGCAGACAAACUGUAGGUACAGCAGUUGGGCAUAAAUGGAUGGACAACAAAAUUUAAGUUCAAAAGAGUCAUUUUUGGAGGCCUAUGAUUUUAGUCUGUGAUUUUUAAAUUUGUGAAAGUUUUAUUUCCUUCUUACUGUCACAGGUAAAUUGUGGCCAUGUAGACCAUUGAUUCUUAAACCUGGGGCCUUUAUGUAUAAUUUAAUACUUUUAAUUUGUGGAAAUUUCUCUGAAUGUUGGACUUUCUGUAUAUGCUCAAUAACAGGAUCAUUUAUAUGGACAUGAAUUUAUGAUCCUGGACCCAAUAACAGAUAUUAAUGGUAGAAAUUAGAUUAAAAUGUUAUUUUAUUUUCUCAAAACUGUGAUUGAAAAGUGUCGUAAAAUGUUCUAACACAAAACUGCAAAAACCAAAGCAUCCCUUAGUACUUAUAGAUAUGGUAAUCCUUUUUUCCAUACAUGUUUGGUCUGAAGAUUAUUACUCUUGACAGCUCUAUCUUUAAGAAUACAGUGGGCUAUUUUUUUUUUUUUUUUUUUUUUUUUUUAACUUUGUUGCAUGUAAACAGAGCAUUGCAAUGCAUAUUGUACAUCCCCCAACGCCAAUACAUAGUUACACAGACAGAUGGUUCUAAGUUUGCAUUUGACUAAAGCUUUUCUUCUAAAAACUAUACCACAUGCAGUCUAAAUUUGGAAUAUAAUUAAAAUGUUAAAACAACA